AUGUGGCUCCCCUCCUUUGCCCUCGUGCUCCUGUGUCUCCUACAGCUUGCCAUUUGCGCCGAGGAUUUCUAUAAGCUUCUUGGUAUAGACAAGCAUGCAUCAGAGAAGGACAUCAAGCGCGCAUAUCGAACUCUAAGCAAGAAAUACCACCCCGAUAAGAACCCUGGGGAUGACAAAGCGAAGCAGAAAUUUGUAGAAGUGGCAGAAGCAUACGAAGCUCUUUCGGACCCCGAGUCUCGCAAGAUAUACGAUCAGUACGGUCAUGAAGGGUUGAAACAACGCCAGCAGGGAGGUGGGCAACAGCACCACGACCCCUUCGACCUUUUCUCCCGCUUCUUCGGCGGCGGUGGACACUUUGGACACCAACCAGGACAACGACGAGGCCCAGAUAUGGAAGUUAGAGUUGGUGUGCCUUUGGCUAAUUUCUAUAAUGGCCAUACGACCGAGUUUCAAUUAGAGAAACAGCACAUCUGCGAGGAGUGUGAGGGAUCUGGAAGCGCAGACGGGCACACCGAGACAUGUCACGCAUGUAACGGUCAUGGAGUUCAGAUCAAGAAGCAUAUGCUCGCGCCAGGUAUCUUCCAACAAGUACAAGCUGCCUGCGAUCAUUGCGGAGGACGAGGAAAGACGAUCAAGAAUAAGUGCCCUGUGUGCCAGGGCAAUCGAGUUAUUCGAAAAGUCAGCACGUUCCAACUCAAUGUUGAGAGGGGUGCACCCAAGGGAAAGAGGAUCGUGUACGAGAACGAUGCGGACGAGAGCCCGGAUUACGUUGCUGGGGACCUUCACGUUACUCUUGUGGAGAAGGAAGCUAACCUCAAUGACGAUAAUGAGCUGAGAGUUGAUGGAACUUUCUUCCGAAGAAAGGGAGACGAUUUGUACUGGAAGGAGGUGCUAUCACUCAGAGAGGCCUGGUUGGGUUCCUGGACACGAAACCUCACUCAUCUCGAUGGCCACAUUGUCUCUUUAAGCCGAAAUCGCGGAGAAGUCAUCCAACCCGGGCAAGUGGAGCGAGUAAAAGGAGAAGGCAUGCCAAAAUGGCACGAAGAUGGCGACAGCGUCUAUCAUACAACAGAAUUCGGUGACCUGUUAGUGGAAUACACAGUUGUGCUCCCAGACCAGAUGGAGAAGGGCAUGGAGAAAGAUUUUUGGGCCAUGUGGGAGAAGUGGAGGAAGAAGACUGGAGUCGAUCUGCACAAGGAUAGUGGACGACCUGAAGGACCAGUCAAUCAUUCCAACAAGGAUGAGUUGUGA